AGUGACGUAGCGGGUCAGAGGCGCAUUUGUACGUCGGCGUGGUGGUUUGGCGCCAGCAAUUUCGCGGGGCAACAAGAGCUCAAGAGACGCAGAGAAAAGAAUAAAAGAAUAAAAGGAUUUUAAUAAUCCAUCGGACUGGUUUUAAUAAUCCAUCGGACUGGUUUUAAUAAUCCAUCGGACUGGUUUUAAUAAUCCCUCGGACUGGUUCGCUCCUCUGGGUUCGAUGGUCGGUCCGCGGCUCUUCUUCUGAACUCUCGAGCUCUGGAUCCAGUGGAGGUGAGCGCAGCCCUGCAGAGAUCUCACUCAGGCCUUGAGGAGGCGCGUAAUAAUGAUGGCGACGGCGGAGCCUCCGAUCAGCUCCGGCUUCCUCCCCCUGCUGGAGUCCCUGGAGGACGGCGCCGCUGGUCAGUCCGAGCAGACGGACGCCUACCUCACCAUCGCCAACCGGCUCAGCGGAGAUGAAGGUCGGCAGUUUCUCCCCGCGGUCGAAAAGCACUUUCCUCGUUUGGGUAAAGCCAUCCUGGCUCACAUAAGCAGUCCGACUGCGGAGCUGAGCCAAGCCGCCCUGCAGGCUCUGGGCUUUUGUUUGUACCACUCUCACGUCGUCUCGGGGGUGCCUGAAACCUUUGCGGCGGAAAUACUGUCGGCGCUUUGCUCCCUGGCGGGGAAGUCCGCCGAUAAGAACACGUGCACCAGAGCAUUGUGGGUCAUCUCCAAACAGAGCUUCCCUCCAGAUGUGGUCGGCCAGAAGGUGUCGGCCAUACUGGGAACACUGGAGGGCGUGUGGGGCAGAGAGGACGUCCAGUCCGUGGUGAUGGAGCACGAGGCCUUGAACGUCAUCAUCAGGAUGCUGGAGCAAGCGCCGGCCCAGAUGGGCGACGGCGUGCUGAGGUGGGCGAAGCUCGUCAUCCCGCUGGUCGUCCACUCCGCCGCCAAGGUGCGUCUGCGGGCCGCGGCGGCCAUGGAGAUGGGCAUGCCCCUCCUCCUGGAGAAACAGAUGCAGGUGGCCGGCAUCAUCGAGCCCAUGAUGUCCUCGAAACUGAUCCCAGAGCUCCAGAAGCUUUUCAUGUCCAAGAACGAAGCCAACGUCCUGAAGCUCUGGCCUCUGUUUGUGAAGCUGCUCGGGAAGCUGCUGCACAGAGGAGGUCCUUUCAUCAACUCUCUGCUGCAUCUGGAGGAACUCGGCUUCCGCAGCUCCUCUCCCGCCAUCAAGAAGAUCGCCUUCAUUGCCUGGAAGAGCCUCAUCGAUAACUUCGCCCUCAACCCAGACAUCCUGUGCAGUGCCAAACGCAUGAAGCUCCUGAUGCAGCCCCUCGCAUCCAUCAACGUCAGGACGGAGGUCCUGCUGCUCACCAAGGUGGAGGUCUGGUGGUACCUGGCGGUGCAACUCGGGCCCAACCUGUUGCCCAACUUCGAUCAGGUUUCCGUCCCUCUGCUCCAGUGCACCAUCGGCUCCAACUCCCCUCUGGUCCCCGGCACCCCUUCUCGAGCCGUCGGUCAAAACGGCCCCGUCCCACCGGGCACGCCCAAGUCCGGCUUCAACAGUCCGGCCAAUACGUCUCGGAUGAGCCUCAACUCCAGCGUCCAGAUCCCGUCCGCCUUCCCCUCCAUCCAGCUGCUGGGCCUGGAGAUGUUGCUUCACUAUUUUCUGGGACCGGAGGUCGUCGCCACGGCGGCGAAGAAAAAACUCCUCCUGAGUCUCGAGCCCCUGAACCACCCUCUCCUCUCGGGCGCGUCCUCCUUCGCCAAACACGCCGCCGUGCUCACCGCCAACCUCCGGGACGGAUUCAUCAACGUCGGCAAAGACGCUCCAGAUUCUCUUUUGGCCGUUUUAUGGACGAGUCUCGUCCAGUUUGUCAACGUAACGAUAGAAUCCGCAGGCAGUAAGAAGGAUCGGCAGGGCGGUGAAGUGCUGACGCUGACGCUUCAGGCUCUGCAGAGCAUCGUCUCCUCAGAAGCUCUGCCUGCAGACAAAGUCCUGAUUCUGUUCGAGGCCACGGCCAAAGGUCUUCCCCAGAGAGUCCUCGGCUCCGCCUCCUACCAAGUGGGCAAGAUGGAUGUGCUGAAUGGAACGCCGGCUCUGUUCCUCAUUCUCCUGCUUUACAACAGCAGCUUGCUCUCGGCCUACAUCGAGGACGAGAGGUUUUUCCAGUGCCUUCAGACGCUGGUGGGCUGCGGCCUGUCGGGCCCCACCUCCCCGCUGGCGUUCGGGGAGGCGGUGCUGGGCGCCAUCGCCCGCAGCGCCGAGUCCGUGCAGAACAAGGAGCAGCUGUGGAGGAUGUGGAGCGCCAUGGUCGGCCCGCUCACCGACACCAUCACGCAGUCGAAUGAAGUCAACCAAGGCGACGCUCUGGAGCACAACUUCGGCGCCAUGAACUCGGCGCUGCUGUUCCCCAUCACGCGCCUACUGCAGGGCACACCUUUACAGCAGGCGGCCCAGAAGUCGAUGCUGUCGUCGUGGUCCAAACUGUACAAGGUGUUCGCCCGCUGCUCCGCGCUCGUGGUCACGGCCGAGGAGAACGUCUGCUGCGAGGAGCUCUGUGCCAAGAUGGCGGCCGCGAUAGACAGAGAUGCGCUGAUGGUUCCUUCCACAUUAAACGCCGUGGCCAGCGUCCUCCAAGUCAUGGCCGAGUGUGUGGACUUCUCGCCGUUCACGCCUCAGUUUCAGCAGAAGCUGAAGUCGCCGCACACGCCGGUGAACUGGACCCGGAAGAGGAACAAGGUCCUGGGGAAUCUGUCCACCUUCCAGUCCCUGCUGGUCCAAUGCCUCGAGGUCUACCUGCAGGGCCCCGAGCUGUCCUCCGACGCCACGGGGCUGGCCCUGGUGUCCGUCCUGUCGGCGCUCUUCGGCAACCUCGGCCUCGCCAACACCGUCAAGGAAGCCGUGACGUCUCUGGUUCGACCGCUCGCCCUCUUCUACGAGCAGGCGGCCGCCGAGCCGCCGAGAUUCUCCUCGCAGCUUCUGGGAAAAUUGGAGAAGCUUCUCUGUGACGUUCUCGGCUGCCUGCAGAGCCGCUCCUCGUUGGCGUUCGACGAUGAGCUGCUGGCUCUGCUGUCUCCGCUGCUUUGUGUGUGGUUUCCUCACAAGAACAAGCAGCUCCGCGCCUCAGUCGCCCACUUCUGGAACGCCACCUUCGGCAACUCGCUCAGCCUCACGUACCCCGACGAGAUCAGACCAAUAUUGAGCCAAGUGAAGCAGAAGACCCCGAUCAUCCUUCCCGGCUUCGGGGUCGUCGGUGUUCCUGAUGAGCUCAGUGGACCCUACUCUAGCGAGUGUUCCCAGUUGGAAACCAAUCUCAGUGGGAUGCCGGUUUCGUCCGUGGGGAAGAGGGACUCUCUGCAGAAGAAGGCCGCCGAGCCGAAGGCCUCCAAGUCGGUUUCUACGAAGUUGGACUUUGGCUCUCCGAAGCCGCCUCCCAGGGGGGUUUUGGAGGAAGAGGCCUCCAUCGACUUUGUCUUCAUUCCUCCCGAGACGAAGGAGCGAGUUCUGACGGAGCACCAGAAGGAGGUGAAGAGGACUAAAAGGGUGGACAUCCCCGCCAUGUACAACAACCUCGACGCCUCUUUGGACACGUCGGUGUUCACCCAGUACACGCAGAGUCAAGACGACUCUUUGGACAAACUGGCAACGGAACAAGCUGACAAGGAAACCAAAGAGGCUCCUGGCAAGGUUUCUCAUGAAAAAGCAGAAAAAACAGAAAACUCGGAGGCCACUCAGGAUUUUGUCAGUCCAGAAGCGGUAGAGAACGUUCCAGAAAGCCGCCAGCAGGAGGAGAUUAUCCCCGACUCGGCAGAUGUUUCUAUGGAGGAUGAAGCCAAGAUGGAUGAUCAAGCUGAAGACUUGGACCUGCAGUCUACAGAACGCACAAGUCCUAACAUCUCGGGUUCUUCAGAUUUGGUCUCGGGGACACCCCAGAAACCCAACAGUCGGCGUCAGUCCUUUAUCACCCUGGAGAAGUAUGCUGAGGGGAAACCUGCCAGCCCCAGCAGUGCGUCCACCUUCACGGGUACCCUCAUAAAGACCCCCAGUAGCAAAGAACGCUCCAAAGCCAGCAGGACGUCGUCCUCUCGGGCUUCCCGGACAUCCACUGGUCCUAACUCUCAGGAUUCCCAGUCUUCCCACACAGGAAGCGUGAACUCCCAGUCUCCUGUGAACAAUGUCCUCGAGUCCCCGGUCAGGCCAAAAGGCUCCGGGAUAAAACGUGAGCCAGUAAGGCUGACUGAGAGGCUGCCCAGUGACCCGACAGAGGACGAAGACGUUAUCCCGGACACCCAGACUGUGGAGGGCGAAGAGGGUACCAAAGUGGCUUCCUCGUCAGAGGAAACAAAACCUUCAAGCCAGGAAGAGGAAUCUGAAUCAACUCUGGACGAUUCUCAAUCUCCUCCGGGCGAACCGAGGCGGUCCGGACGCUCCAGAGUCAGACCUCAGCUGCCCGGAGAAGACCCCGAGGAACGGGAGGAGAAAUACACGCCGUCGAAGAGGAGGCGGUCUGGAGAGGAGCCUAAAAGGGAUUCUCCGAAGUCGAACUCGGCGCAAAGCCGACGCAACACGAGAAGUAUGCAGGCUGCCGAGGAGGAAUGCGUUGGAGACAGAUUACGAAAGAGGUCUCAGCGGGACAAGAGGGAGUCGAGCCAAACCGACUCUCAAAGAAAAGCACACAAGAGGAUCAAGCUGUUCAGUAGUUCAGACGACUUCCUCGAUAAACCCGAACCCAGAAGGAGAAGCCAAACUGACUUGCAGUCCGAUAACGAAAGCCAGUCACAGGGCAGGCAAAGACGGCGGAGUAGAGCACCGUUGGAGACCAUGGAGGACGGCGGCGGCGACGUGAAGAAAAUGGUUUUGCCUGACAAGGAGGAAUCCAGCCAAACUGGCAAACACGAGCCGGUAGAAAAGAGUGAUACGUUGAAGAAAGAUUCUCAGAAGAUCACUCCUCCCCCUCUAACUGGUGCCACUGCGUCGCCUCCCCCUCUAACUGGUGCCACUGCGUCGCCUUCCCCUCUAACUGGUGCCACUGCGUCGCCUUCCCUUCUAACUGGUGCCACUGCGUCGCCUUCCCCUCUAACUGGUGCCACUGCGUCGCCUUCCCCUCUAACUGGUGCCACUGCGUCGCCUUCCCUUCUAACUGGUGUCACUGCGUCUCCUUCCCCUCUAACUGGUGGCAAAUCACAAGAGUUUGAUAUUGUAGAACUGACUGAAAAAGAUGGUGAUGGGCAAAAGAAAGAUUCUCAAAUUGUCACGUCUUCUUCGCAAACUCGUGGACGAUCCCAAGAGUCUGAGCUUUUAGAAAAGACCAACAAGGAAGAGAGAGAUUCUCGAGUAGUCUCUGCUUCUCCAGCGACUGAAAAGUCCCAGGAUGGAACGAACGCCACCAAAAGGUUGGUAAAUACGGUCAAAGACGAACUCAAAGCAAAUGAAAGCACCGAUGACAACCUUAGUCAAGAGGAUUCUCAACCGGUCACCCCUUCUUCUGACAGCCAGUCUCUGCGUCGAUCCAGAAGAAGCAAGUCAUCCUCCGAGGCUCCAGGGUCCGAAGAUAAAAGUAAAAAUAAGGAUUCUUUAGAAAGCCGGAGCAGCUCUGAUUCUCAGCCAGAGGCCGGAAUGGGAGGUAGGACCAGGAGGAGUAAGGUACAAGAGGAGCAGUCAAAGUCGAGUCCCAACGCAACCUCGAGGGGUUCUCAAUCAGCGGAUUCACCCAAAGGCAAAAGCUUCAGAAGAAGAUCUUCUCCAGCUUUGCCAGCCCCCAGUAAAGAGUCGUCGGAGUCUGAAUCCUCGGAGGUCAAAGAAAGUCCCCGCAUACCCCAAAAGAGGGGGAGGAAACCUAAAGUGUCUCUUCCGAGUCCUCUCACUAUCGAGCCUAAAGAAGGUCAAAUUAAUAAGGGUGUGGUAGAGGAUGAUUCUGAUGCUUCUCAAAAGGCAGUUUCACAAAGCGUAGAAGAUAAUAGUACAACGGGGUUGGAGGAUUCCCAGACAUCUCGAGACUUGCAGGAUCGUGAAUCGCUCCAGGUCGCGUCCAACACUGAGGAGCAAAGUAAUGAAGAACCCCAGAUGGAGGUUGAUGGUGUUGUGGAGAAGACUGAAUCCAAGUCGCUCGGUGAGUCUCCUCGCGAGGAGCAAACGCAAAAGGACUCCGACGUUGAGAGAACCUCUUCACAGGAAGGCGACACUGGGAACUCUCCACCGGCUGAGGUGCUUGAACCAGUCGGGGUCGGUUCUGACCGGACUCUGGACGAGGCCUCCUGUGAAGCCCCUUCGUCCUCCGUUGAUAACACGGUUGCGCCACCUGAUGAGACGACGGAGAAACUUCAGGUCUCGGAGUCUUCGGAGGAGAAAGCUGGAGAAGAGUUGGAGUCCGUCGCCCACGACGACGUAGUAGCAAAAACCCAACAACGGGACUCAGACCCAACCCGCCAAGAAGAGCCGGUUGUUCCGGUCGGGGAAACGGCUGAAGGCGGUUGCGGUGAGUCCUUUGUUCCCGAGUUAGACGCUCAAUGUGGUUUUGUUCCGCCCGCCUCCAACAACGAAGAGGAAUCGACCACUUGGCACGCAGAGGCCGACGCCGGAGACGCCGCCGUAACGCUGCUACAGGAGAGCGAAGGAGAUGGCGACGAAUCCCAAAUUGUGGAGCGUAACGUGGACGAAGAAACUCCGAUCGCCGACAACUCCGACGACGUGGUCACAAAUUUAGCCGGCGCUCUGGCUGCGGUUAGCGAUACUUCUUUGCUAACGGAGUCGACGAGCCAAGACAUUUGCCCGGGUUCUCCGGCAAAGCAGAAGGACCUGCAGGCUUUAAUAGAGGCAGAUGUGGGCGAAAGCCCCAGCGGUGGCAGGACCAGAGGGACCUGGUCUCCUUCGGCCUCCCCGUCAACCAGUAUUCUGAAGAAGGGCCUGAAGAGACCCCUGGAGGAGGAGGCGACCUCGCCGCUUGUCAAAUCCAGACGCGUGUCUUUUGCUAAUCCAAUCCAGCAUCAGGAGAUGGCGGACGACAUUGAUCGUCGCAGCCCCGCUAUCAGAACCAGCUCCCCCAGGCGCUCCAAAGGCAGCGGCAUCCCGCAGCCGAAGUACGUCACGACGCCUACAAAAGGCUUGCUGAUCCUGAGUCCCAGAAAUCUGCACAGUCCGGGUUACAAGAGCUCCAAGAAAUGCCUGAUUUCCGAGAUGAGCCAAGAGCCGCGGCCCGUCUCCAGGGACUGCAUCUACCCUGCUCUGAUUGGCUGCUCGGCGCCUGUGGAGGCCGUGCUGCCUCAGAUAUCCUCCAACAUGUGGUGCCGGGGUUUCGGGCAGCUGGUUCGAGCCAGGAACAUCAAAACCGUGGGCGACCUCAGCGCUCUCACGCCCAGCGAGAUCAAGACUCUGCCAAUUCGCUCCCCGAAGAUCUCCAAUGUGAAAAAGGCCCUGAGAAGUUAUGAACAGCAGCGUAAAGGACGAGGCGGUGACGAGUUGAAGAGUUUUGAUGAGAUGAUGAUGACCUCUGAACCCGAGGAGGCCGCUGCUCCUCAGAACCAGGACGAGGAGGACAAGACCUCCGGAGAGACGCUAGCCACGGAGCUGGUGGACGAGCCGCUUCCUGCUGACGAGGGGCCCGAGCGAGACGGCUCUGGGAAUCGGACGCCCGGCACGCCGACCGGAGAACGGGACCCCGAGGGCCGGCUGCGGUCGGAGUUGGACGCCCUGACCGGCAGCAUGACGCCCCGGGAGCUGGGCUCCUGCUCCCCGCAGCGGCUCGUCCAGAUCCACGAGCAGCUGGGCGGCUUGAUGCGGCGCGUGGCGGUCGAGCUGCAGACGCGCCUCUGCCGGCCGGACGCCCGGCCCUGAGGAGGCGGGACGCGUUGCUCGAGUGUUCGAAGAACCGUGAAAUAGACGACGAGCAGCAACGGUUCUUGUAAUCCUCCACGUGUUUUUAAAUCAACCGAUUUACACAAAGGACGAUUUUAUGGUUUUUAACUCCGAACGCCUCGGGCCCCUUCUUUUUUUUUUCUUUUUUUUUAAGAAAUGUAAAGUGUUUUUGUUUUUAAAUAUUAAAUUCCAGCUGCACUUUUUUCCGACUUGUAGCUUGAGCUGUUUGGAUAGUUUAUAUACGAUUUUUAAGAAACACUCAAAGGGAAGCACAGGCCCACUUUUCAAGCUGUGCCAAAAGAAGGAGGCGUGGUUAUUUUUAAUAGUUGGAUGGUGAUGUAUAAUUACAUAUGUAGAUGAAAAAUAUUAUUUCUCACCAUUUGUGUAUCUUUUUUUGUACAUAUUAUUUCUCUCGUGCCAUUUAAAUCCCUCAUGUGCCUGUUUUUUAGGCUGUUUACAAUUUAACGCUGUGCUCGUGUGUGUGUGUAUAUAUAUAUCUAUAUAUAUAUAUACUUUUUUCUUUUUUGUACCAUUUUAUGAGUUUGAAAAUCUCUUUUCUGUCAUUUCAGUUUAACGUCUUCUUGAAUUUUUUUUAAAUGCAUAUUGUAGAUGGAGGCAGACUUCUGUCUUUUAUUGU